CCCAAACACUGAUGCCAAUGUCCAAAGUGCAUUUUUAAAAAAUGCAGGCAUUUAUCUCACAUUCAGAGUUUAUAUUAGGAGCUAUUUGCAGUUAAAAUCUGUCUUUGUUAUUGUCAAAAGUCAUCUAAAUGGAGGACCUGAGUGAAAGAAAAGGAAAACUCACUUUGCUGUUGGCUUUUACGACCCUGAUCUCUGCAUUUGGCUCGUCUUUUCAGUAUGGCUACAAUGUGGCUGUUAUCAACUCACCAGCCCCAGACAUGAAGAGUUUUUACAUCAAUGUGUUUGAGAGUCGCAAUAGCACAGUCACCAACGAUAUGUUAACUCUGCUGUGGUCCCUGACUGUGUCCAUGUACCCCCUGGGGGGAUUCUUUGGGUCUCUCAUGGUGGCACCACUGGUGAAUAAUUUUGGAAGGAAAGGUACCUUGCUGUUCAACAACAUCUUCUCCAUCGGCCCUGCUAUAAUGAUGGGUGUGAGUGAGGUGCUGGGAUCUUUUGAGAUUAUUAUCGUGGGUCGUUUCUUUGUGGGCAUCUGUGCGGGCAUUUCAUCCAAUGUGGUGCCAAUGUAUUUGGGAGAACUGGCCCCAAGGAAUCUCAGGGGAGCUAUUGGGAUUGUGCCUCAGCUUUUCAUUACUAUUGGCAUUCUCACUGCCCAGGUGUUUGGUAUCCGAAAUAUUCUUGGCAACGCAGAAGGUUGGCCCAUUCUUCUGGGUCUCACUGGAGUUCCUGCUCUCAUCGAACUGCUUCUGUUGCCCUUCUGCCCUGAGAGUCCUCGCUACAUGCUCAUUCAGCGCGGUGAUGACAAUAAUGGCAAAACUGCAUUGCAGCGUCUGAGAGGAUGGAAGGAUGUAGAAGAGGAAAUGGCAGAGAUGCGACUUGAAGAGCAGUCAGAGAGAGCCGAGGGCCAGCUUACUGUGCUCAAGCUCUUCACCUUCCGCUCUCUGCGCUGGCAGCUGUUGUCCAUCAUCAUCAUAAACAUGGGCCAGCAGUUAUCAGGAGUGAAUGCCAUUUAUUACUAUGCGGACAGCAUCUUUUCUUCAGCUGGAGUGAAAGAGGACCACGUUCAGUAUGUGACUGUUGGAACAGGAUCUGUAAAUGUCCUCAUGACCAUUGCUGCAGUGUUUAUAGUGGAAGCCUCUGGCAGGAAGCUGCUGCUUCUGAUUGGGUUUGGGAUCUGCUGCGUAGCCUGUGUGAUCCUUACUGUAGCUCUCAGUCUGCAGGACACCAUGCAGUGGAUGCCCUAUGUCAGCAUUACCUGUGUCAUCAUUUAUGUUAUUGGUCACGCCAUAGGACCAAGUCCAAUUCCCACCGUAAUUACCACUGAGAUUUUCCGCCAGUCCUCAAGACCUGCAGCUUUUAUGGUGGCAGGCUCUGUACACUGGCUGUCAAACUUCACCAUAGGCCUGGUCUUCCCCUUCUUAGAGAAAAACCUGGGAGCCUUCAGCUUUAUCGUCUUUGCUGGAAUCUGCCUGGCCACACUUAUCUACAUUUGGGUGGUCAUUCCAGAAACAAAGGGUGCCACCUUCUUGGAGAUCAGCAAGCUGUUUGCUAAGAAAAACAAAGUGGAGAUUGUGGUAGAGGAUGAGGAUUGCCAGUUGCAAGAGGCUGGAGUGACAGACCAUGAAAAGGACAUAAUUACAGCAUUCUAAAUACAGGAUGGCUUACUGAGUGUUGUUUUGAAUAUAUAUGAACUUUAGUCUCGGUCUGGAACUCAGUACUCAUUGGUUUGAAAUUGUAUUGUUAUGUCACUUCUCCUUUCACUUAACUGCACUUAGAAUGACUAGAAUGCAGACUGUAGACUAUAAAGGGCAUCAGGUGUUGAAAAACGUUGGCCUGCUGCCUAAAGAACAUUCACCAUACAUCAGCUCAAAACGUAAUUGUAUGUCUGACAUUACAAUAGCAGCAUAAUUAUAGCAGAACAAAUCCUGGCUCUGCUAGUGUUACAUGUGUGCAGCCGUCUGUUUUGGAACCUGAGAUCAGACCAAGACCAAGUUCUAAAAUAUGGUGUAGAAACAUUUGAAUGAAUCAGCAGGAAGUUUCAUAUUCUGUUGACAAGCAUUUUACUUAAUUAUUAAUUAAUGCUUUAUACAAUGUCCAGCAAAUGUUUGGUGUGGUACAUAGUUUAGAUACUCCAUGUAAAAUCCUAAAAGGAAUCUAACAAUAACAUGUACAGUUGAAACCAGAUAUUUACAUACAGUACACUUCAGAAAAAAACACACAAAAACUUUUAUUUCUUUAC